AACUUCCAAGUCACAUAUACACAUAUGUCAUGUAUUUUUAGCAAAAUUCUCAUCUUAUAUGAUUGGCAACAUACAAACCCCUUUAAUCUUGGCUCGACGGCACAAACACACACACACACACGUACCAAAACUCACUCACACGUGCCUUUGACUAUUAAUUAAGUUACGACUUUAGAAGUUAGUUUCGUACCUUCGAUAAUAAUUGUCAACAAAAUUUUCUCUUUUUCGUAACAAAGCCCUAAUCCCAAUUCUUCCAACACUUCACUCUUCAUUUCAAUUUCAAGAUGCCAGCAGCGCGGUAUUUUUCGCCUGUAAACACAUUGGAACAAAAGUUACAGAUUCAAAGGAGGCUUGGUGGUGUGAAAUCGUGCACGUACUUUCAUCUUAUCAGGCGUUAUCUCAAUCUCAAAAUUUCCAAAAUUGAGUUUGACAGGGUCUGCAUACAAACUAUUGGGAGAGAAAAUAUCCCCCUUCAUAAUCAUUUCAUCAAGUCAAUCUUGAAGAAAGCAUGUCUCCCCCUGCAAAAACAGAGCAGAGUUCAAGCUCCUUUGAACGUGAAAACGCCAAAUGGGUGUAACGGUCUUCCUCCUCUAUGCAAGGAUUUUCCUCAAUCUCCUCGAAAAUGUAGGACUCCAAAUUCGCGUGACCGUAGUAGAUUCAGCGAGCGUCUCAGCCCUCUAGGUCCUCAUGGAAAGAACAGCAGCAUUGGAGUUGAAAAUUCAGCUCUUAAAAUUCAAGAGCAGCAACAUGAUUCAACUCCUAAAGUUCAAGAGCAGCAACAUGAUUUAACUCCUAAAACUCAAGAGCAGCCAUGUGAUUCAACUCCUAAAAUUCAAGAGCAGCUACGUCAUACAGAUCCACAUUGUGCAGUCAACAGGCUUCCUGUGUCUGUGGAAAAUGGGGAAGAGGUUGAUCGGGAUUCUGAGAGCCUGCCCAUUAUUAGGAGUCCUAUACGAGCACCUCUUGCUCAAGACAGGGAGCAACGUCAUACAGAUCCACAUUGUGCAGUCAACAGGCUUCCUGUGUCUAUGGAAUAUGAGGAAGAGGUCGAUCGGGAUUCCGAGAGCCUGGCCAUUAGUAGAAUGAGUCCUAUACAAGCUCCUCUUGGUCUUCCAACCUAUGAUAAUAGAGCACAAAGACUUACACACAAAAGAUUAUUGUCUGGUAUUGUCUCUGAUACCUGUCAAAGUAUUGGUCAUUUACCUGAUACAGGUUCUUUGAUGAAAAGGUUGGAGCAUAACAUGGAGACUGAGGGAUUUAAGGUAUCAGCGGAUGCAGUCAAUGUGUUGAAUAAUGCACUUAAUGUUUACCUCAAAAGACUGAUAAAACCCUGUUUGGAUUUAGCCACUUCAAAAUCUGUUAAAAAAGUGAGUAGCCAAAUCCAGCCUGGUUUGAAUGAGUUGCCGCGGAAUAGGUGUAUGCAGAAGAUAAUUGGACCUGCUUCUGCAUCAAUCUCUGACUUUAAAACAGCAAUGGAGUUGAAUCCUACCAUACUAGGGGUAGAUUGGUCUUUACAUUAUGAGAGGGUUUGCUUUCUUGCAUCAGAAGAAUGAGUUAAACUGGCUCAACAUUGUAUUGAUCCAAGUUACAAAUAUGAUGUUUCCUCAAAAUAAUGAUAUUGGAGACUGACCGUUUUUUGCAGAUAGAUAUUGCCGACAUACAUAGAGGUGGAAAUAUAGAAAGUUUUGAAGUUGGUGACCAUAGUAUCAUGUAUAGGUUUCAGUAUUGGAUGGUUUGGCUUCAGACAUUGUAUAUCAUAAAAAUCUUAACUAAGGUUUGAGUCAAGUUUAGUGAAUAGAUGCGGGAAUCUCUUAACAAUAUCUGUAGUAUUUCUUCAUUUUAUUAAGAAAUUUUUGAAUAAAUCUUAUA